AUGGACCUUUCUCUAUUUUUAGCAAUAUGCCGAGAAUGUAGAGGAAAGCAUGACGAAAAAAUGAGUAAAGAAGGUGAAUGGGUCAGAUUGAACGCUGAUACCGAAUCUGUCAAUGAUAUUACGGACAAGUAAGUGCUAUUUUCUGUUCAUGUUGGUUCAUAUGUCUUCAUAUUGCAAACAUACAGUAUACAUGAUGACGAUAUAUGCAUCCUCCCAUCCCCCCAUUGUUGAAACCUGUCGGAAAAUUGGUAAUAUUGUCGGAAUCUUUGUGGUCAAGCAUACCUGCACAUACGCAGGCCCGCCGAGUGCUAGUUCGAAAAAGUGCUACGAAAGCAAUUAUAACGUUCUUAUCCGGAAACAAUUUUUACCAAAAAAGUUGUUGGCGGGAGGUAGUUUGUCGGAAAAAUAUUGCCCUUGGUCCCCCCCCCAAAAAAAAAAGCACGGGACCCACAACGCCCCUGCUAUUUUACCCUUUUCAGCUGUGUCUAAAAAACACCACAGAAAUUUAUGAUGAUAUUUUGAUCCUUUCACGUUUUUAUUAACAGAUUGGAAAUGACAUCACUAUCGCCAUGUCUUUCUGGAACAAUCUUUCCCUCAACUUCAUUCGCUAGUCCAGAUGCGACUGACAUGUGGACACCGAGCAAUGCCACUUUACUAAGCUACUCCUCUUCAAGUUGUGAAGACCAGUCUACUCCUUCGACAACUGAUGUCUACAACGAAUCUAUGUCUCAUCUGGCAAGUUUAACGUCUUUCAAAGAAAUUUCACCAUUGUCAUUUCGACUAACUAGCAGCUGGGAUGAAACUACACAAAGUGAGAAAGAAGCGUGCAUUGAAAAGGCUAGCGAAGCAUGUCAAGUGAUAUGCGAAGUGAUUGCUCCAAACGCUGGCGAAGAGCUUUUUCAAGCUAUGAAUUCUACAAGUGAUAUCCAUGUCUCUGAAGAACUUGCGGCCCUUAUGACUGCAUACAAGAAUGCUAUACAACACGAAAGCUAA